CUCUGUGAUUGGCUGAAGAGUUCAGGUCAUCAGUUUGGAUUGGAUGCAGCUGAGAGGCUCUGGAUCAGGUUCUGGAUCAGGUUCUUCACUCAUGGACGAGUCGGCGUUGGAGCGAUACUUUGACGACUCCAUUGCAAAUGACUCCAGCUUUUUGUUGGGGGAGGAGCCUGGUCUCCAAGACCCUGACCAAUCCCAUCACUCUGAGAAGGCGGAGCCGGGUGCACAGCAGGGGGGGGAGCUGGACCUGAGUUUCCUGCCUGAUGAGCUCACCACACAGGAAGACACAGCUGAAGCAGCAGAAUGUCCAACUGCCGCUGGGGACACGUCUCAGGACAGCGGUGUCUGUCCAGACUACAAUUCCCAGGAUUCCAUAGCUGCAGACUUCCAUAAGGAGGGGCCCACAUCAGGAAUGGGGACCAUCACCUCCUCCUUUUGUCCCAUGACUCCUAUGACCCCUAUGACCCCCAUGACCCCUGUGACAGAGAGAUCAGGGAUCAUCCCACAGUUACAGAACAUUGUCUCCACCGUGAACCUGGGUUGUCCUCUGGACCUGAAGUUCAUCGCUCUUCAAGCCAGAAAUGCUGAAUACAACCCGAAGCGUUUUGCGGCCGUCAUCAUGAGGAUCCGAGAGCCUCGAACCACGGCACUGAUCUUCAGCUCGGGGAAGAUGGUCUGCACAGGGGCCAAGAGUGAGGAGCAGUCUCGGCUGGCAGCCAGGAAAUACGCCCGGGUGGUGCAGAAGCUUGGUUUCCCCGCUCGCUUCAUGGACUUUAAGAUCCAGAACAUGGUGGCCAGCUGUGACGUCUUUUUCCCCAUCAGGCUGGAAGGACUGGUUCUGACCCAUCAGCAGUUCAGCAGUUAUGAACCAGAGCUGUUUCCAGGCCUCAUCUACCGGAUGGUGAAACCUCGCAUCGUUCUGCUCAUCUUUGUUUCUGGGAAAGUGGUUCUGACUGGAGCUAAAGAACGAGCUGAGAUCUACGAAGCGUUUGAAAACAUUUAUCCGAUCCUGAGAGGCUUCAGGAAACAGUGAAGACAUCACUUCCUGUUCAUUUAUACAUAACUGUAUAUAUGUAUAUAUGUAUUUAUUUUGUGUUGAAUGUGUCACCAUUCUGAAAAAAAUAAAUGUUUUGUGAAUCACUGCAGAGAAGAAAGGAGCUGAAUGUUUGAUCUGAAUCAGACUUGAUUGUGUUUUUGAUGAGUAGAGCUCUGAUGUGACUGAGUCUCUCAUUUCAAUGUUAUUCAGUUAUUCUUGACCUGAAAAUUAAAAUGUUUAAUUCAGGGUCUCAAAUGCAUUGAUCCAUUCAAAAAGAUUUGUUCCAUUAACCUGAGGGGGAAUUGAAGUUGAUCAUGUUUUUACUAUCUACUGUAUAGUUCACAUAUGUGGAUAUUUACAUGUAAAUUAUAUAAUACAGGAAAAGAUAAAGAAUAAAUGU